AAAAAAAAAAAGUUGGCUGGAUAUCGUCACGUAAUCCUCACGCUCAUCCACCCUCCUCCUCAUCCUCUUCCUCCUCCCACACUUUAGAUCCUCGCCUCUCAGACUCGCCACCUGCCCCUGACAAGGUUCAAAUAACGGAUAUAAAAAACCCCGCAAAACCUCCAUCAUGUCGUCGGUGCUACAGAAACUCAUUAGCCCCGUACCAGGUAGCAGUACAGAGCCCCCCAGGAACAAAGUGACGGUGGUCGGAGUGGGCCAAGUGGGCAUGGCCUGCGCCAUCAGCAUCCUACUGCGGGAUUUGUGUGAUGAGCUAGCUCUGGUGGAUGUGAUGGAGGAUCGCCUGAAGGGAGAGGUGAUGGACCUGCAGCACGGUAGCCUUUUUCUCAAGACCUCCAAGAUUGUUGCGGACAAAGACUAUGCAGUUACUGCCAACUCUCGCUUGGUAGUGGUGACUGCCGGAGUCCGCCAACAAGAGGGCGAGAGCCGACUCAACCUAGUACAGAGGAACGUAAACGUCUUCAAGUCCAUCAUCCCUCAGAUAAUGAAGCACAGCCCACAGUGCACACUCAUCGUUGUCUCCAACCCUGUGGACAUACUCACCUACGUGACCUGGAAGCUGAGCGGCCUGCCCAAACACCGCGUCAUCGGCAGCGGCACCAACCUGGACUCGGCCCGCUUUCGCUUCAUGAUGGCCGAACGCCUUGGCAUCCAUGCUAGUUCCUUCAACGGCUGGGUGCUGGGUGAGCAUGGAGACACCAGCGUGCCUGUGUGGAGUGGUGCAAAUGUCGCUGGCGUCAACUUGCAGAAGUUGAAUCCCGAGAUCGGCACGGAUGGCGAUAAAGAACAGUGGAAGGCCACACAUAAGGCUGUGGUGGACAGUGCCUAUGAGGUGAUCAAGCUGAAGGGUUACACCAACUGGGCCAUCGGCUUGAGCGUGGCUGACCUGACCGAGAGCAUCGUCAAGAACAUGAGCCGCAUCCACCCAGUUUCCACCAUGGUCAAGGGCAUGUAUGGCAUCGGAGAAGAGGUCUUCCUGUCCCUGCCCUGCGUUCUGAACGGCAGUGGCGUGGGCAGCGUGGUCAACAUGACCCUGACGGAGGGCGAAGUGGCUCAGCUGAAGAAGAGCGCUGACACUCUCUGGGGCAUCCAGAGGGACCUCAAGGAUGUUUGAACACUGCAGCACAUUCGUUAGCUAGACUACCACGAUCCCGAGAAGUCUGUCAUCAUGCACAAUGUCAUUUUACUACAUUCCUCUUGGUCAGACCUUACCAUUCUUUUAAAGCACAAUGUCAGUGUUUUUGGAGGGUGUCAUUUCAGCUGAAAUGUAGGCUGGGGCUUUCCUUUCAAAACAUGAGUACAUUUUCUCCUGAACUGUGAGUAAACUGCAGUGUUUUACCAAGGCGUUGUAGAUUGAUGUGCAGUAAUCGUUAUACUGUGUACGUGACUCACAACCAAACUGGAUCACAAUUCUGUUCCUCUUGCCAACAGUCAAAGAAACAGACCUUGAUGUCUAGUUCAGAGCCCAAAACUCCACGAGCAGUUUUCAUCGUCUUUCAAUAUUAUUAAGCGGAAAUGCUAGAGCACAUUUAGGUGAGUACAAAAGACGUGGAAAGAGUGUGUCAUGGAGCCUUAAGCACAUUUUCUUUUAAACAAUCAAUUGUUAGUAUGUUAUUCUGUGAUACAAUCACUUAAUAAAUGAAUUUAACCCAUGGACAA